CGUCGCUGGGAGCUGUCCGUUGGCAGUGGUCCUGAAAGUGAAUUUUCACUCUGCUCUCUUAGAGGACGAGAGAGGCCAUGGAGGAAAGGAUGGGAAAAGGAGAUCAAAAAGAGGACUUAAGUAUACCUGGAUAUUUUAAUUGAUGAACAGGAUUAAACUAAACAAAGAUAUUUUUCACUGGUAAGAAGGAGGACUUAACUGAACCAAAAUAUGUUCCAAAGCUUGGAACAAACCAGGAUGUCUGUUCAGGGUUUCCUGUGGAUGGAUAUUUAAACAAACAAAAGUUGGAUUUGACAUCAGUGCUUUGACUCCCUUAGCAAUUUCUUUUGGGUUUUUUUGGAUCUCUGAAAUUCAGUGAGAGAUUGGAAAACAGACUUUGAGAUCACAGAUGUGUUAAUUCCAGGAAGAGAGAUUGAGGAGAAGUCCUCCACUAAUACUGCAUAUAUUUGCUGAAGAAAUAUCUCCAAACUCCUUCCGUAUCAAGCACAGUCUGCCCCCUCCGUUCCUCGACACAUCAUUGGGCCCAUUUUGGCCUGCUUUGGCGCCGGUUGGAGUGAGGAUGACUGGGUGUGCUAAGCGCUGUAAGCAGGGACUGGUGAAGUUUGUUAUGUCCCUGCACAAACUCAUCACUGGAACGCUCAACAAAGAUAAAAUAGAUGACGAUUUUGAGAUGAGCGUCGUGUGUCAUCGGCCAGAGGGGCUGGAUAAAUUGGAGGCUCAUUCCAACUUCAGCAAGCGAGAACUGCAAGUGCUGUACCGUGGCUUCAAGAAUGAAUGUCCCAGUGGUGUUGUGAAUGAGGACACCUUUAAACAGAUCUAUUCCCAGUUCUUUCCCCAUGGCGAUGCCAGUACCUAUGCUCACUACCUUUUCAAUGCCUUUGACUCAACACACAGCGGCUCCAUCAAGUUUGAGGACUUUGUCAUGGCUCUGUCAAUCCUCCUGAGGGGUUCAGUGAGGGAGAAGUUGCAAUGGACCUUCAACCUGUACGACAUCAACAAAGAUGGCUACAUCAACAAGGAGGAGAUGACCGAUAUCGUCAGGGCGAUAUAUGACAUGAUGGGGAAGUACACGUACCCUGCCCUGAAGACAGACACGCCCAGACAACAUGUUGAUGCAUUCUUCCAGAAGAUGGACAAGAACAAAGAUGGAGUGGUCACUCUGGACGAGUUCAUUCUGUCCUGCCAGGAGGAUGAAAACAUCAUGAGGUCCCUGCAGCUUUUCCAAAAUGUAAUGUAGACGAAACAGAGACAAGUAGAGGAAAGAGACUCUGUGGGAGAGAUUUGGAGUUAUAGGAAGAGACCCGUGAGCUGUGAGAAGAAGAGGAGUCCGCCAUUUAAUGGCAAAAAGGGACAAAAACUUGGUUACCAUGAUUACGAAAAGUAAUUAAAACUGUCCAUCCAGCAACAGCUAUACGCUCCUGUCGUGUGGCACAGUGUCUCACCAUCACAUUAUGAUGGUGGGGGGUUAUGACCCCUGCCUUUGACCUGUGACCCCAGUAUAGACAUUUCUGUGACCCUGUAACCUUUCACUCUAGUCCAACCCCUCCGAGGCUCGUUCUGUUGAUGUUGUUCUGCUUAUUAAGGUGAAUGUUUUCUCUUAGUGAGUAUAUCACAGCUGUUAGUGGACAUACUGAAAUGAUAGGGACAUACACACACAUUAAGACACACAGCUACCUACACUGUCCAGCCUCGGCCUUUAAUCCAAGGCGCGCUAUUGAGCAAUCUUCGCCAACAUCCAGUUCCCCUAAAAGGCUUAUUUUUGGUUGUCCACUAUGCUGUUCCUUUAAAAAAACGAGGGAGUGAAUCUUAUUGCAAAUCAAGUAACCGGAUGCAUUUUCUGCACCUUUUCAUGUAGAAUUCAUGUAUUCUGUAUUUGGCAUCAAGGUAUUACGAAAGAUACAUUUGAACCAAGUCAGUCCUAACCUGCUAAAUGCAGAAUUACUGUGUGUUGUAGUGUUACUCGAUGUUGGUGUUGUGGUGAUAUCUGUUGCUGUGUUUUUGUCUCCAACCUUCCUGUCUGUACUGAGCUCUGUUGAUCUUUCUUGUGGUUGGUUUCUCUCCCUGUCAGUGAUAUCCCGUCCAGAGCUUGUGUUGGAUAUUCUGUUGCAUAUGACAGGGUAGUCACUAGUUAAUACAGUCUGAAAAUCCUAUACCCUAUUUUUUUAAUGUUUCCACAUCUUUAACCACGCUGCUAAUUUUCUGACUAACCUUAAAGCAGAUUUACGCUGACAAUUUUAUUUUGAUACAGACAAUUUGAACUUUUUAGCUGUCCUAUCUAGUAAAAACCUGUGACAGACAGAGGCAAGAACUUAUUGUGAGUCCCAUUUUGAAAUAUGUCCUUAUGCUUGUUUUGUCAAUACCGGUAUGUUUGGUGUCCUGUGGGCCAUUAUGACUGUAUAAUAACAACUCUUAAAACAAUACUGAACCACACACUGUAUCCAGAUAGUGAGAGCGAGAUAAAGACGGGAAUGUGUGUGUGCACGUGCACGUGGGUGUGUGAGAAAAGAGAGAAUGUGAGAAAGGGACGUGGGGACGUGGAGACGUGGGGGCUCGUCACUGAGACUACAGGAAUGAAAGCCAUGAGAGAGAUUGACCUAAUCCAAGAUUAAAUACUGGUUGCUUCUGUAUGUAUAUUGGUGCUUUUUGGAAUAGAUCCAAUAUAAAAACAGGCUGCAUAGUAUGCAUGUAUGGGUUUGAAAUGGAAUGGUGUUUAAUGCGUAUGACAUUUCUUCCGGAGAAAUCGUCAGAGUGGGUUAACUGCAAGGAUCAUCUCCAAUUUAUGGUGACCCUGGGAGCAAAUAAUGCUUAAGUACCUCGCUCAAGUCUGCUUGGGGAUUCAAACUAGCAUUGUGAAGACUUACUGACGAGACAACAUAAAACCUGUUACUACACAGUUAUUUAUGCUAUUACUUUGAAGUCAUCUGUAUUUUAUACGAUAUCAAGAUCUAUGAUCAACAAAGCCCAGGGAAGUGAGACUUUCAGACAGUGACAGACAAAAAAACAUGAGUGUGUACUGAAAUGUUGUACAAAUGAUAUUUAACAAUAAACUUUUCAGAGAAAGUAA